CUUUUCCCAUCCUUCAGCUGGACUUUAAACAAAUUCAUUCUGUCUCUUCACAAGUCUUCACUGUAUCUAGAGUGGACCCCACCUUGCCAUCUGUAACCCUUGGGAGAGGCAGGAUAAGAUGUUCCAGACCCUGCUUGACACCUGACCCCAAGAGGCUGGUCAUGUUUGCUCAGCAGCCUCAGAAUGUUGGCCAUCAUUCUCUUAGCCCUUCUUUGUGCCUCGGCCUCCGGCAAUGCCAUUCAGUCCAGGUCCUCCUCCUACAGUGGGGAAUAUGGAGGCAAAGGAGGAAAGCGGUUCACCCAUUCUGGUAACCAGCUGGACGGCCCCAUCACUGCCAUCCGUGUCCGAUCCAACUCUCUUUACAUCACUGGUAUCCAAGUGCGUUAUGGCACAGUGUGGAGCGAAUACGUGGGUGGCAAACUGGGAGACCUGGAGGAGAUCUUUCUGCACCCCGGGGAAUCCGUGAUCCAGGUGUCUGGCAAAUACAGAUAUUACGUGAAGCAGCUGAUCUUCGUGACAGACAAAGGCCGCUACCUGCCUUUUGGAAAAGACUCAGGCACGAGUUUCAAUGCUGUUCCCUUGCACCCCAAUACCGUCCUCCGCUUCAUUAGUGGCCGAUCUGGCGCGGCCCUCGAUUCCAUCAGCCUGCACUGGGAUGUCUACCCUAGCCAGUGCAGCACUUGCUGAA